UGCUUUACUAAAUCCUAUGUGGGACUGUCAAAGAUGACGACUUGGUAUCAAUAUGGAUUCGUACAACCUCAAGGACCCAAAGCCAACAUACUGAUAUCAGGUAAUGAGAUUCGACAGUUUGCUUCGUUUUUGAUGGAGAGGCUCAACAUCACGAGAGCGGAGAAGAUGGAGGAUGACGAAUACAUAGUUGUUUUUAAACGUACCACUAACAGGCUGAUCCUCAAUGCGGCUGAGCUUAUUUUGGCAUUAGCCCAAGAGUUUCAGAUGAGGACUGUCACUGUGUCUUUAGGGGAGCAGUCGUUCGAUAGCAUCAUCCAAAUUAUCAGCCGGGUGUCUAUGUUAGUCAGUAUGCACGGAGCACAGAUGAUCUCCUCCAUGUUCUUGCCUCGAGGCGCUGCUGUGAUUGAGCUCUUUCCGUUUGCUGUUAACCCAGAGCAGUAUACUCCUUACAAAACCUUGGCUUCUUUACCCGGCAUGGACCUUCAGUACGUUGCAUGGAGAAACACCAUAGAGGAGAACACUGUUACGUACCCUGACCGGCCCUGGGACCAGGGAGGCAUCGUCCACUUGGAGAAAGAGGAACGAGAGCGUAUCCUCGCCAGCAAAGAAGUGCCAAGACAUCUUUGUUGUCGUAAUCCAGAGUGGCUUUACCGCAUUUACCAGGACACUUUCGUGGACCUCGCCUCGUUUCUACAAGUACUCAGAGAGACUUUGAAAACCAAGCCUAAUCUUAAAAAGUCCAAGGUGGCCAGCACAGUACAUCCUGGUCGAGUCAGAGAGCCCAAGUGCCAGACGUCGGUACAGGCGACCAAUGAAGCAAAGCUCUUGGUUUCGUGGCAGAUCCCUUGGAACCUAAAGUACCUAAAGGUUAAAGAUGUGAAAUAUGAGGUUUGGAUCCAGGAACAGGGAGAAAACACAUAUAUGCCUUACAUUCUCCCCCAUCAGAACUACACCUUCACGGAGAACAUCAAACCCUUUACCACAUAUCUAGUAUGGGUGCGCUGCAUCUUUAACAAGAACCUCUUGGGCCCAUUUGCUGAUGUUCUUAUAUGUAAAACAUGACUUGGCAGUCGGGUUAAACUCAAUGCUGUCGUUCACACAGCCGGUGGAGAAUUCAUUUGAAGGGUAAAAUCUCAGGAGCUCUCCUGAGAGUAGCGCUUGUGAUAUUAAACCUCGGUCAGCGCUCCGAUGGUCUUUUGAUCUUGAUUGUUCUUCAUGGGAGUGCCAUGACCUGGUGGAGAAUGAAGGAAUGCAGAUGAUUAAACUGCAAAUGCGUUUAGAUUAUAGAAGAAAGCUCUCGAUUGCUUUAUUUAUUAGAAAUGGAUUACGUAAUUUAUAUUUGUAUUUAUAAGUCUAAGACACUGGUGAUGUCUGCUUGUGUUGACCGAGAGACUGCAAACGUAUCUGUGGUUUAACUGAUUAUGAUCAGAAUUCUAUGUAACUGUGAGUGUGACCUUUCAAUACAAAUGUUUGUGUUGUAGUUUUGCAUAGAUUUUUAUUGUGAGGAAAUGUGUUUAGUAAUCACAAGUAAAUACAAGAUAAA